AUGUAUAUGUCUAGAUUUGAAAAUAUUUUAAUCGAAAAAGGUGAAGCAUUUUUAACUGAAUAUCGAUUAUAUAUUGGUGAUAUUCAAUUUUAUGCACGAAUUCAACAAUUAAUUCAACAUUCCAAUACUUUUUUUCUAAAUCAAUCAAUUUUAUUAUCAAUUUUCUUUACUAAUUCAUCUUCAUAUUCUAUUUGGUCAAAACUUUCUGGUCAUCCAAUUGUUUUCUAUAAUUCAUCAACAAUUGAUAUGUAUCUAUUUAAAUUUAAUUCAAAUUGUUCAUCAUUUAUUCCAUCGAUUCAUCCAAUAAUUUGUCAUCUUCUAAAUGAUUCUUCUUCUUUAUCAAUAAAUUCUUUUGAAUUUGUACCAAAUUCUUCAUCAAUUUUAAUUCCAUUCAAUCCAUUUAUACAUAUUUUUUAUCCAUCAUGGAAUCAUCUACUUGAUGAAAUAAAAAACUUUCAUCAUCAACAAUUAAAUAUAUUUUCUAAACUUCUAUUCGAUAGUUUUUUAUUCAAUCUUGCUAAUAAAAUAUCUAUUAAAUAUUCAUUACAAUUAAUAAAUUUAGCUUUUCAACAAACAUUAACAAAAGCUGAUUUAUUUAUUAUGAAUAAAAUUCUUAAAUGGUAUCGAUCAAUGUUAUCAAAUUCACUUGAAGAAAAAUUUCUUAGUUUUCUUCGAAAAAUUCUUAAUCCAUUGUGUGUAAAUCAAUUAUGGACACGACAAAUAUUAAUUGAUAUAAAAUAUUCUAAUCAACAACUUAUAAAUGAUAUUCUUUUAGAAUUAUGUUGUUCAAUUAAUCAUUCAAUUUGUUUACAACAAAUAUCAAAUAGAAAUGAUCCACAAAUACUUAUACAAUUUAUUUUUAAUAAUCGACGAUUCAGUUUAGAUUCGUCUUCAACAAAAUCAUUAAUUUAUCAAAAUCAAACUGAUAUGUUAACAAGUUUUAAUCAACUUCAAAUACCAUCAUUAUUUAUAUAUCCUGAUCGAAUAAUUAUGAAUAUUAUUUGUCAAACAGUUCGGCAACACAAUGAUAAAUAUUGGUAUGAUCUAAUUCAUUUCAUCCAACAAAAAUUUCAAUAUCAACUUAUUCCAUCAUCGAUUAUAACUGGUUUAUCUUGUGCGAUUCAAACAACGGAACAGAUUGAUUUUUAUUUAAAUAAUUUAUGUCCACCAUCACCAUUUAAAUGGCCAUGUUAUCGAAAUAUUCUUACGUAUUCAUCAAUCAAAAAUUUUGAACAACUAAAAACAAUUGAUAAUGAACAAUGGCCAACAAAUAAUGAUGAACUUAUCGAUUUUUUAUUUCAUACAAGUACUAUACAAGGAAAUUUUAGUUCUCAUCCUAUGUUUCUUGAAUUUCAAUCGUUAAUUUUUACAUGGUUAAAUAGCAAUCAAUAUGAAUUUUUACAUUGGCUUGACAAUGAAAAUAAUCAAAAUGCAUAUUUGAUUUGA